CUCGAGCGGGAUGUCCGCGGAUGAGCUUCGCGAGCAGGUGGCUGCCGCGGCGCGCGCGGCGCAGACCGCGGCGAAGGUGGCGGCGUCGCCGAGCGGUAGGUCGUCGAAGCAGAUGCUCGCGAAGGUCAAGGCGGACCUCAAGGCUCUGGAGGAGAUCGUCAGGUCGUGAGCGAGCCCACGACGGGAAAAAAAAAAUGUCGAAAAAGAAGAAGCUGGCGGAUUGGAAGAACCGCCGGGGAUGGGGAACGGGGAACAUAACCGAACGCGCGACCGCGUCGAGCAGGGAACGCUCCGCGGAGAGCCGAUGAUGUAAUUAACGUAAUGAUGUGGUUGAAAGUGAACUCGGAGAAGAACGCGU